GCCCCCGGCCGCGCACACCCAGCGCGCUGGGCCCGACCGCACCCCCGCGGGGCCGGGGCCGCCCCUUGGCCGCCCGCCGCGGGAAGGGCCGAUAAAAGCGGCGGCGCGGAACGGCCCCGAGAGCGGCAGCGGCGGCCCGGCCCCAUGCACUGCAGCAGAAUGAUACAGAUCUUGGACCCGAGACCCUUGCCAAGCUCCAUCAUGCCUGUGGACAUGGCCAUGAGGAUUUGCUUAGCCCACUCUCCACCACUGAAGACCUUUCUCAGUCCCCGUGAGGACUGCCAAAGAAACAACUUUGUGAACAGAUUCAAACCUCUCAGACCAUGUCUUCACGUGAAACGUGAUUCCGAAGCUCAGAAGACUGACUGGAAUCACUCAGCAGCCCGAGCCAAGAAGCGAGUUGUGUUUGCAGACUCGAAAGGGCUGUCUCUGACAGCAAUACACACCUUCUCUGAGUUCCAGGAGCACCCUGGUUGGGAUCUUCAGUUUGACCUCUUAGGAAUUGAAAACAUAACAUCUGGCUUAAAGCUAUAUGAGGAGAAAAACUUGAUUCUGGGUUUCCCUCGACCCUCAGCUGACUACCUGGACUUCAGGAACCGCCUGCAGAAGAACUUGGUCUGCCUGGAGAACUGCACCCUGCAAGAGAAAGUGCUGUCAGGCACUGUGAAAGUAAAAAAUGUCAGCUUUGAAAAAAAGGUUCAGGUUCGAAUUACCUUUGAUACAUGGAAGACCUACACAGACAUUGAGUGCAUAUACAUGAACAAUGUUUACAGCGAUUCUGAAAAUGACACGUUCUCAUUUAGCAUUGACUUGCCUCCUGCCAUUUCGUCAGAAGACAAGAUAGAAUUUUGUGUUUCUUACCAAAGUGGAGAUCACACCUUCUGGGACAAUAAUGAGGGUCAGAAUUAUAAGAUUCUCCAUACAGAGUGGAAGCCAGAUGGUGUUCAAAUACCAUCAGCCAAGAAAGACUGUGUAGAUCUUCAGACUCCAAGGAGAGGGCAAGACAGAGAGCCCGACCAGCUAGGCAGUCCGAGGCUGUCCAGUGGUCUCUUUCCUCAGUGGCAGAGCUUGGGUCAGAUUGAAAAUUCAUCACCAUAUUGGUGAUGAAUACUAGCAAGGAAGGAUCCUUCCAUUUGGCAACAGAGCAGUGUUUUCUGGUUCACAUACUACACACCAAAACCACCUGGCAGGUUUUGUUGGCUGUCUGAACAAAUCCAGAUUCACUAGUCUGUGGGCCUCAUUAAACCAUAUUGUGCUACUGAAGUUCUUAGCCAAACCUUAUCCUUGGAAGGAAAGAAAACCAAGACAAAACCCACGUGUAUGCCAUCAACUAUAGAAAUAGCAUGCUCGUAUCUUAAGUAUACGCUGCUUGCUUUCUUCUCUCGACUCUCCUGAGUCACUAGAAAAGAGACUCUUGUGAGGAAGUAUGGAAGGCAGCAGUAUCAUAGCAAGCUGUAGUAACUGCAUGUGUGAGAGUAUUUGUGUGCACAAAGAUGUUACCUGAACAAAACAUCACAAUUCACUUUGCAUCUAUUAGGAGUGCAGUAGAGAUGAGGUGAUGCUAUCAGGACAGAGGCUUGCUAUGACCCUCUACGUGCUUGUAGCAGAGGCUGAUAAGAAUGCAUGGCUAGGAUUUGCGGCUUCAAUACAGGUUAAGAAAUUUGGAGAGGGCAAUAGGAAGUGGGGAAGGGGAGAGGUAGGAUGUGCUGUAUAACUUGGAGAUGGACAAUGUUCUAAUUUCUUCCUUCCAAACUUGGACUUCUAAAUCCCAGAAAAAGAUCUAUGGGAUGCAGAAGAGAAUACAGAAGACUAUGCAAAGUGAGUAGUGGAAGUGAAGGCUGCUUUGGGAAGACAUCACUGUCCUCAUUGGCUUUGUAAAUAAGUGUCUUGCAUUUGAGAACAAGUCUAGCCUUGACUUCAUCAUCCUACUCACUUAGCAGGCAGAUGUUCACCUUUUAAUGUUAGAAGAAAUAUGUGCCUUUAAAAACAUUUUAAAACCACCUUACAUGCCAAAAAAUAGGGUUAGAGGAGAAAACAGACAAAGUGAUCUGUAAACUUCAUAGUCUGUGGCAGCAUUAGAUUAUUUGACUCAUGACCUGAUCUAGUCUUACAGCAUCUGAUAGUUGAGUAUCCUGCUCUCUAUUGUAAAGUUGGUGACGACUUUUCACAAUGUGUAACAUAGGCAAGGUCCUUCAUAUUGAAGGCAGUGAAUUCGCUGCCCUUUGUGAAAGCUAAUUUCUUUAAAAGAGAAGGGUUGCUACUAGUUUUUUCUAGGCUGAAUACAGGCUUGUGCAUAAAUAGAAAACUGCUCUGUUUUAUUGUACCUCAUUUUCUGAAGUUUUUUUUUUAGACUUCAGUAAACUAAUGUAUAUUUUGUAUCUUUAUGCUUACAAUUUGGCUUUCUGAACUGUCAAACUGUAAUGAUGAUCUGUGUUUCAUGAAAGACUAGUAUGGGAAAUUGUCGAAUACAUACUCAGCAGGUGUGAAUACUGGCACACCUUUUAGCUGUACAGAAAUGUUGUUAACAUAAAAAUAUAAAUCACAUUUUUGCCCAUUGCUAAGAGGUAUAAUAUCCCAAGUCUGAAGCUAUUUGCAAUGCAGCGAGACAAAAAAUAAGGUGAAAUAAGACUCCUCCCCAAUUGCACUUUUUCCCUACAUAACCCUUGCUGUUAUGUGUAAACUAGCCAUUUUAAGAAUAAACUGUGUUUUGAUACA